AUGGGCAUUCAAUCAGAUCCCCCAAAGUCUGUAUACGCCACCCAGGGAACCGCUACAGAUGAAACCACGCAGAUUCGCGAUGAACUACCACCAGAAACCGACCAGCAUGGCUACCGGAUCAAAGAACAGCCAAUGGGGACAAAGCGAAAAGUCAAGGUCAUUCUCAUGGGUGCUGGUGCGUCGUCACUGAAUUUCUUCAAGAAGGCGGAAGAAGAGAUGGAUAACCUCGACAUAAUGUGCUACGAGAAGAACGCUGACAUAGGGGGAACGUGGCUAGAGAACAGGUACCCUGGCUGUGCGUGCGACAUACCGUCUGUUAACUACCAAUUUUCGUGGAAGAUCAAGCUGUGGUCACAUUACUACUCGUAUGGUCCCGAGAUCUGGGAGUACUUAAAGUCCAUCGAACAGGAGAACAAUUUCAUCACCAACUAUGUUAAGCUUCAUCAUCGCAUCGAGCAUGUCGAGUGGGACGAUGCAGCUGGCGUCUGGCGGUGUCGAGUCCGAAACAUGGAGACCGAUGAGGUAUCUGAAGACAGUGCAGAAUUCUUCAUCAAUGCCGGCGGAGUGUUGAACAAUUGGAAAUGGCCUGAUAUUCCUGGAUUGCAUGACUUCAAAGGAAAGCUGAUGCACUCUGCACACUAUGAGGAAGGCUAUGAUCUGAGCAACAAGCGUGUUGCAGUCAUCGGUGCCGGAAGCUCUGGUGUCCAGAUUGUUGCAGCGAUUCAACAGAAAGUCCAACAUCUCUACCACUGGAUCAGGUCGCCGAUCUGGAUCACGGCAGGCUUUGCGCAAACCUGGGCAGGAAAGAACGGGGCCAACUUUCGAUAUAGCGACGAGCAGCUCAAGUUUCUUGAACAGAACCCCAAGAAAUACCUCGAGUACCGGAAGCAAAUCGAGAAUGAACUAAAUCAGCGAUUUAAGUUCAUUAUCAAGGCAAGCAAUGAAGCCCGCUUAGCACGCGAUUACGCCGACAGCGAAAUGCGCAAAAAACUCGGCGAAAACACUCGUCUCGCAGAGAAGAUGAUUCCAAAGGACUUCAACCCUGGCUGUCGGCGUCCGACGCCUGCACCGGGCUAUCUCGAGGCCCUCGUGGCUGGGAAUGCAACCAUCUUCACUGAUCCCAUCGGCUCCAUCACCCCAACAGGCUUCGUGGAUCACGAGGGUAUACAGCACGACGUAGAUGUGAUGAUAUGCGCCACGGGCUUCGAUACAUGCUGGAUCCCCCGAUUCCCAUUCAUUGCGCACAAUACUGACCUCGGCGAUCUCUGGUCUCCUUCUAACGGUGUCACCUCGUACCUCAGCGUGGGCAUCCCCACCUUCCCCAACACAUUCUCCUUCUGCGGACCGUACGGGCCCCUGGGCCAUGGCUCCUUCAUGCCGCUCAUCGAGCAAUGGACACGCUACAUAUUCCAAGCCAUCACUAAAUGCCAGGUUGAAGGUAUCAAGUCCCUGACUCCCAAACUGUGGCCAAGCCAGCAGUUCCGUCAACACGCCGACCUAUUUCUGCAACGCACGGCGUGGACGAGCCCGUGCCGGUCGUGGUUCAAGCAAGGUAAGACGGACGGACAGGCGGCGAUUUGGCCGGGUUCGCGGUUGCAUUUCCUCAAGAUUAUGGAGGCGCCCAGGUACGAGGAUUAUGAGAUUGAGUAUUGGGGUGAGAAUAUGUUUGAGUUUUUGGGGAAUGGAUUUGAGGUCAGAGAGUUUGAUGGGAGGGACAUUACUAACUACUUAGGUAACUUGGAUGAAGAGGGGAGGGAUGUGCAGCCGGAGUAUGAUGAGGGGCUGGUUGAUGUGCUUGGCGGGGUGACACUGGACGACAGUUAUGUUGUUAGGGGCAGAUGA